GCCAUACUUUCAUGCCAACGACGUCGACAGGCGUCUCUCAUUUGCAACCAUCUUCACGACCUUCUUGUGUGCGGUCCUGGCUUCCUUGCAAACAAUCCACAUCUUCACACAUCGACAAGGUCGCUCCUCGCCAUGCUUGACAGCUUUGAGGUCUUCACGACCUCAGGCGUGUCCCUCUGGUCGCGCUCCUACGCCCAGGUCGACCCCUCCAUCAUCAAUAGCUUCAUCACAGACCUCUUCAUCGAGGAGAAGGUCCCCACGCCUGGCACCAAGGAAACCCUCUCCGCGGCCAGCAAUCCUGCCUACAGGGCCGACCAGCACACAAUCAAGUGGACCUUCGUCAAGGAAUUGGGCUUGAUCUUCAUUGCUGUAUAUCGCUCGCUAUUGCAUCUUUCAUGGGUGGACAAACUCGUCGACAACCUCAAGACGAUAUUUGUCGAUCUCUAUGGCGAUCAGCUUAAGAAGCCGCACACGACUCUCGUUCACUGCCACAAGUUCGACGAGUAUUUCGACCAGCAAUACAAUGAGCUCGAAUCAGCCAGCGUUACCAACAAGUCUUCGCAGCCUUCGGCCCUCGCGCGUUCAUCCGCCGAUGCCGACCUCUCUAGUGACCAGGACGAGCGAAUGCUCCCCCCAGGCCUCAAGCACAGACACCCAGCGGCCAAAGCCGACCAGUCCUCCACGGCCGACUCGACCCCAAUAGCGACUCCGACAACGUCGCGACCGACGACCCCAGCGAGCGCCGGCCAUCUUCUUGUUGGCAAGACCGGGCCUGGCGGCAAGAUGUCCAGAAGGGCACGAAAGAUGCAAAACACCAGCUCCGCGCCCGCGUCGUCAGGCGACGAGGCUUCGGCUCGCAAGGGCAAGAAGGCACCUAAGAAGGGUCGCAAGUGGGAUGCGGACGGAUAUGCCACUGAGGACGAUGAUACUCAGCUCGAUUAUUCUGCGAGCAAGGGUGCCGAGACGAAUGACGACGAGGCCCAGGGCCGCUCAUCUGCUGUGGAGGGCGUUGAUGCGGACACUUGGGGUACCAAGACGUCCAAAGGCCAGUUCGUGCUGCGCGACCUUGGUGAUGAAGUGCACUCAAUUCUUAAAUCGGCAGAGGAGAAGAAAGCUGCCUCAAGCACCGAGGCCAAGGGUGGGCUGAUUGGAAGCGGGCUGAGCACGAUUGGCGGUCUCUUUAGAAACGUGGUUGGAGGCAAGACAUUGACCAAGGAGGAUCUCGACAAGGCCAUGAAGGGCAUGGAAGACCACCUCCUACGCAAGAAUGUUGCGCGUGUUGCAGCUAUCCGCUUGUGUGAGGGUGUGGAAAGCGAACUCGUCGGUGUCAAGACUGGCAGUUUUGAGAGCAUCAACUCUCGCAUCGCGACGGCAAUGGAGGCGUCGCUGACCAAGAUGUUGACACCCACUGGGUCUUUGGACCUCUUGCGUGAGAUUGACGCAGUCACCAGACCGACUUCCGGCCGCAAUGCCAGGCCAUACGUCAUCUCCAUCGUUGGCGUCAACGGUGUCGGCAAGUCUACGAACCUGUCUAAGAUCUGUUAUUUCCUCCUGCAAAACAAGUACAAGGUGCUCAUUGCGGCUGGCGAUACUUUCCGCUCUGGCGCUGUGGAGCAGCUCAAGGUCCACGUGCGCAAUCUCAGGGAGCUGACAGAGCGCGAGGGAGGCAAGGUUGCAAUCUUUGAGAAGGGCUACGGCGGAGAUGCUGCCUCGGUCGCCAAGGAUGCUGUCAAAGAGGCGACCAAUGAGGGCUACGAUGUGGUUCUCAUUGAUACCGCCGGGCGCCGUCACAAUGACCAGCGGCUGAUGUCUUCGCUUGAGAAGUUUGCGCGGUUUGCCAACCCGGACAAGAUUCUCAUGGUCGGUGAGGCUUUGGUGGGCACGGACUCGGUCGCGCAGGCACGCAACUUCAAUGCUGCCUUUGGAGCGGGACGCAAGCUGGACGGCUUCAUCAUCUCAAAGUGCGACACGGUUGGGGACAUGGUCGGAACGCUGGUCAGCCUGGUGCAUGCUACCAACGUGCCCGUCCUCUUCGUGGGUGUCGGCCAGCACUACUCGGACAUCCGCAACUUCUCAGUCAAGUGGGCAGUGGAGAAACUACUGAGCAACUCAUAAGCGAGCAAGGAGAUAUAAUACAAUACAGGCCCUGCGAUCUGUUCGAAAUCUG